GUGUCGUUUUGCCGUGUGAUAACAUUAUUCUGAAAUUUAAUUAAAUAGGGUACCAAAACAGUGAUAAACGAAUUGUUUUUUUGUAGCGUUUCAAUGGGUGCUCCGGUCCAAAGCAAGGGAAAUAAGAGAGGAGGCGGUAAUCAAAGAGGCAGAGGAGGAAAAUCUCGUGGCCAAGGGCGUCCAUUCAAUGGUCACCCAGCGCCAUUUGGAAAUCAAGGUAUGAUGCGACAAAGAGGCGGUUUUAGAGGUAUGCGUCCUCCAGGUCCUCCAAUGCGAGGUGGACAUCCUCAUAUGAGAGGACGAGGACUUCCUCCACCUCCACCUCGUAUGAUGGGUCCUAGAGGACCCAUGAUGCCUCCUAUGAGACCUCCACCUCACGGCAUGCGACCACCUCCGGGUAUGAGACCGCCGCCACCGAUGAUGAUGAUGGGUCCUAUGCCACCACCAAUGAGGGGUAUGUUUAGAGGAGGAAUGAGAGGCAAAGGAAGAUUUCCCACUGGACCAAACUUCCGAGGUAUCAACAAGAAGAGCAAAAUAAUAAAAAAAGGCCCCAAUCGACCAUCAUUGAAAAACGUAGAUCUAACCAAAUCUUUUGUGACUGAGGCUAUAAAAGCUGAAUUUGCGAAAAAAGAUGAACUUCUGGCUGCUGCAAAAUCCACACAGAUAAAGGAAGACUGGUCAAAAUACAGAGAGCAGAGAGAGAAGUGUAACAAAGUAUACCAAGAUGCUGAAACAGCAGCAGGUGGGCAGCAGGAGGUAAGUAAUGAAGAAUAUGUUCAUCCAGAAGAUGACGAAUUAUAUUUUGAGAAUUCAGAUUACCAAGAUGAAGAUAAUGACAAUAAUGGUUUUCAUUAUUAUGAAGAAAAUUUUGAAUACUAUGAAGGAAAUGAAGAAAAUUCUGAAUACAAUGAGGGUACUGAAGAAAAUUCCGAGUACUAUGAUGGAGAUGAAGAAAAUACUGAAUACCAUGAGGGGAAUGAUACACAUUCACAAGAAAUCAGUUUCUCCUGCGAAUCCUGUGAUAAAGAUUUUUAUUCUAAAGUUCAGUACGACAAUCACAUGUCGGAGCACAGAACGUGUAACCUAGACGGAUGUACAUUCACGGCGCAUUUUAAAGUCAUUGAAAAACACGUAUUGAUGCAACACGCUACUGGAUUAUAUGACAAAAUUAGAAAUUUAAAUACGCCUGAAGAUAUUGCAAAGUGGGUUGAGGAGAGAAAAAGAAGGUAUCCUAACAGAGAGAACAUCUUGAAAAGGCAGGAACAACAGGAGGAAAAGUUAAAAUGCGGGAUGAGGAUCAAGAAAAAUGAAAAUCGUUUUGGAAAGGAUAAGUUUAGAUUAAAAAGAGCUGAGACCAAAAAGCUGCCAUAUAAAAAGAAAUCCAAACGUCCAUUCAUCAAGGAAAAGAAACCAGUCUCUUUAAUAAAUGAAAAACUUGACUGGAAUGGUGCUGUAUAUCCAUUUAAAGGAACAUCAACACUGGAAAGCGACUCUGAAAAGGAAAAAAGCGAUUUUGAAGAUGAAGAAUGGUCCAAUGCUUCCAUUCAACCUGCAGCGAUCAAAUUAAAUAACUCAUUGGGUGCUCUAAUGGGGGCCUAUAUGAGUGGAGGAGAUACAGACGAGGAAGUUGUUGAAAUUAAACAAGAAACUAAAGUGGAAGUUGUUAUUAAAGAAACUUGUAAUAUUGAUAAUCGAAUUGAGAUGGAUAAAAAUGAAGAUAGUGAUGGGGAACCCCCUACAGAAGUGAAGAUGCAAAAAGUAAAGUUACCAGAGCCUGUGAUAGAAAAUAAAGAAAUACAAGUUCCAGAUAAAAGUGGUAAUACAAACCGAAUUAGAAAAAGAAAACGACCUCAAAACAGAACAAAUAAAUCUGUCCCAUUUAAAAAUAGGAAUAAGAAACAUUUUCAGGGACAUUCAAAAAGUAGGAAUCAAAGUAGUAUCAAAAAGAACGAUUUUCCCUAUGCUUUUAGGAGGAGGAGAGUUACCUUGUUAGAAAAACUGUUAGAAAGCGAAAUAAGGCAUGAAAGAAAUGUUUUACUGCAGUGCGUCAGAUACACUGUACAAAAUAAUUUUUUUCAAGGUAAAUCUAAUUGUGAGAGUACAUCCGAAUGUUAA